AUGAAUGGGUACAAUGCCCUUGCAGCCCGAAUCGGGACGUAUCCCAGCCUGGCCGUGUUCAGGAGGUUUCUCAUCCUGCACUCCCGAGACCUGCUCUGCAUGCAGGCCGAGAUUGUGAAUCUCGAGCAAAAGCUCCUGCCCGCCAUCGAGGUGGACCGGGAGGUCAAGGAUCCGUUGAGAAAUGCCUUUGAGUACGACAUCGCGGCAUUAAAGGGGCCUCAUACGACCAAGAGGGCCGGAUUACAAUGGAGUCUCACCAUGGAGCUUCGUGCGAAGCUUAAAGAAUACGGCAGGUCUUGCGAGGCACAACUUCGAUUUGCCGCUCUUUGCCGUCUUGCCCCUGCCGACAAGAAUGCUUUGGCGACCCUGCAAGAACUGCUCCAAAAGCCCUUCGGGAGCGGCCUCUCCUUCCUCAAACCUCAUGAAUCUGGAAUUUGGGAUGAGGAAUAUAUCAAUGACAUGGCCUCGCUGGCCGGACAAAAUAUAGACAGAGAUGGACUUUCCAAGCUGAUUGAGAAGCUGGUCAGGAGCGUCUACCAUCCAUGGAUGGGCCACAAGGUUCAUGAUCCCCUCUCAGUCGCCGAGGAAGCUUGGGCCUGUGAAGGCGACCUUGGACCGGUGAUUUAUUAUCCCGACAACUAUGUCACGGCGGCCGCGGAUGCUUUGAGUACCAUCCUCGCUUCGGUCUUGCCGGCUUGCUGCGCCCUUGGCUUGUUCUUCAUUCGCAGUCCUUUGACAAGGAUGGUUGCCAUUGUGGCUUGCACCGUCGCGUUCAGUGUCGUCUUGACUUUGGUCGCUCGGCCCCGGAGGGUCGAGUCCUUUUGUGCCGCUUCUGCAUUUGUCGCGGUGCUGGUUGUGUUUGGGGGAAGUGGAACAUCGAAUGAUUCCACUCCUUCACCUUCACCUUGA